AGGAUUCCAAGAGGAAUCUCUUCAUAGCCAAGCCGAAUUGUUGGUUCGAAUUAACGAUUUAACAAAAUUAGUUAAGCAAGUACUUUCGUCAACUGGUACUGUUCCGUCCCCUUCAACAUGGCCAUUAAGAACAUUGGAGGAUUUUAAAACUGGACGAAUUAAUUAAAGAUCCGAAAAAUUUUGCUGCCGAGUUCAAAGCAUUGACAAAGAUUCGUGGAGGAUCUUUAUUAAACCAUAUCUAUUCGACACUGGGUUCGAUAUUUGCUCAUGAGUUAGCACUUCAGAUAAGGUGGACUGAUGCUUCGGGAAAAGUUCAACUCCAAGGGUCAGAAUUGGCGAGACUUGUUAGAGAGGCGGUAAAGUUUACUCGAGAGGAGGACCAAGACGCGACCGACAAGAACAUUAACUCAAUAAUUGCAAAAUGGUUCCGACAAUCCCCUGAUCGGAAAGGAGGCAGCGGAUCUAGGAGAAACGUUAGCAGCGAUGGAAACACCGAGGAGAACCAUGGAGAGGAAAAUACAGAAGAAGGUGCAGGCGUCACUUCUGAAAAUCAGGCAGGCAACUUGUUGUAGUGUUGACGCACAUGAAAAUAAUUUAGACAGUAUGGAGGUUAUCGACUCACACGAAAAUAAUUUAGAUAGCGUGGAUGUUUUUAACGAUUCAAGUAGUAGUAGUGUAACUGAUUCACCUCCUAAUUAUUUAAUUAGCCAACAAAUUACAGAUGAUUUAGUUGAUGGCCCAGUAUUAGGAAUAGAAUUAGAGGCAUACCGCUCUAUAACUGUAUCAAAAAAGUCGCAACUAGUGAAUUGGGCAUUGACACAUAAUGUUACCCACUCAGCUCUAUCUGAUUUAUUAGGUUUAAUUAGAAAUUGGCUUCCUAAUGAUAAUUUUCCAGUUGACCCCAGAACACUUGUCCAAUCCCCUAAACAAAUAACUUUAGUCCCUCUCGGUGCUGGGGAAUUUUUCCACUUCGGUAUAACUCCCCAUAUAAAUUCCUUUCUGAACCAACAAAAUUUGUUCAGCUUUUCACUGCCAAAAUUUGAUAGCUUAAAUUGUUCUAAUCUAUUGACCAUAACUAUUGGCAUCGAUGGGCUUCUUAUUUCAAAGAGCUCAACGUACGAAUUUUGGCCCAUUCUUGGACGAAUUGACCAAGAUAAAACAUCACAAGUUUUUGUGAUUAGUUUAUAUUGUGGACUUAAAAAACCAGACAAUAUCGAAAGUUUUUUGGGCCCCUUUGUUAAUGAAAUGAAUAGUUUAGAACAAAACGGAUUACAAUUUAACAAUACACUCUUUAAUAUUAGAAUUCGCUGCAUUGUUGCCGAUGCUCCUGCUCGUAGUUUUGUGAAAAACAUAAAAACGCACAACGCAUAUUUUGGAUGCGAACGAUGUUACCGGCGUGGGAAAUGGUAUCGAAAUAGAGUAACAUAUCCAAUUAAAAAUAAGGCUGAUGCGUAUACAAAUGAUUCGUACAGGCAACGGUGGUACCAAUCUCACCAUAAGGGCACCUCGCCUUUAGAGAUUUUAAAACUGGACAUGAUUUUUCAGAUUCCACUCGACUACAUGCAUUUAGUUUGCUUAGGAAUCAUGAAAAAAUUGUUAACUGUUUGGGUGGAAGGACCGCUUCCUCACAAACUUUCCGUUAAACAAGUAAGGUUGAUUUCAAAUAAACUUGAGGCAUUUAGAAAAUAUAUUCCAUCAAAUUUUAGUAGGAAAUGUAGAGGUUUGGAUCAACUUCGUCAUUUCAAAGCUACAGAAUAUCGAACAUUUUUAUUGUACAUAGGGCCAUUUUCAUUAAAAAGGGUUUUGACUACAGAAAAAUUCGAUCAUUUUCUACAUUUACAUACAGCUAUGUAUAUAUUAGCAACUGAAACCCAAUCUAAUGAAUGGCUUAACUUUGCAGAACAAUUAAUAGAUAAAUUUGUUUCACUAAUUCCAAAGCUAUAUUAUAAAGAAAUGAUGGUGUACAAUUUUCACAGUUUAACUCAUAUCACUGACGAAGUUAGAAUUCAUGGCUGUUUAGAUAGAUUUAGUGCUUUCGAAUUUGAGAGUUUCAUGCAAAAAAUUAAGCGUCUUUUAAGAAGCAAUUCUUGUCAUUUAUCCCAGGUGGUCUGGAAGAAAUUACUCGAAAUAAUUUUAAUCACACAACUGCUGCUGGUAAUUUUACGCGAGGCAAAUCUCUAUCAAUUAAUGAUAGAGAUAACUGCUAUUUAACAGACGAUGGCAGAUAUUGUAUUAUUAAAUGCUUUAACCCAUUAUGUGUACAGUAUUUAGAUGUAUGCGAUAUUAAGUGGUAUAAAACUCAAAGUUCUAAAUUAGGCGUUUGUAAAGUUUUAAAAUUAUGUGAAACUGUGGAAAUUCAUAUUAUAAAAUUAAGGAGAAAAUGUAUGUUUUUAAGGAAAGUAGAUAGUGAUCUAGGGUAUAUUGUUCCAUUAUGCAA